AUGGACCCCAAAGUCGGAGUCGGCGUUUUUGUUCUCAAUGCUGCAGGCAAAUUCCUGAUCGGUAAGCGAAAGGGGAGCCUUGGCGCUGGCACAUGGGGACUACCAGGUGGACACCUUGAUUUUGGUGAAUCUUUUGAGACUUGCGCGGUCCGUGAGACUCUCGAAGAAACAGGUCUGAAGAUUCAGGAUGUGCGGUUCCUGACGGCCACGAAUUCAAUCUUGAAAGCGGAGAAUAAGCACUACAUUACCAUUUUCAUGGGUGCUGUCUGUGAGGAUGGUGCUGAACCCCAGGUAAUUGAGCCGGAUAGGUGCGAGGGGUGGGAAUGGAUCUCGUGGGAUGAAUUGCGGGCGUAUGGGGAGGAGCAAAUCAAGGCUGGUGACGGGUUCGAGGGAAGAAGGUUCUUUUCGCCUCUUUUGGGAUUAUUUGAACAACGUCCGGAUUUUCGAGUUUGA